ACAAUUUGAAAUUAUACGCUUUUGCCGCGUUUGAAUGGAAACUGAUUUCAAAUUUCUGCUGAUUCGAUAGAGCGCGUCGCAAAAUCUCGCGCUCUACAACGCUAAGGCUCAGUACGACUUUAAAAUGCUGUGGAGAAGCACAAUGCUAAAAGUACGUGCGCAAGAAUGGCCAGAACUGUGUCUAGUUCCCCAAUCUCAUUUUUUGUUUUGACAAUAGGUGAUCGAGUUACGUGCAAAUCACAACGCUUGUUCCUUGAUUCCCGCCGAGAGUGUUUGUGAGAGUGUUUGUGAGGAAUUUCCUUCCACCUGAGUUUUUUGCUUCAACUUCCAAUGCCUCAACCACCAAGGUACAGUUUAUCAUGACAUCAGAACACCCUAUUGACAGCAAGAAUUGGUAUGACGUGUACGAAAAAGCGAAUGAACGUGAAACGGAGCUCCCCCUGAUCACUGUGCAAGAGCUUGCGAGUCUACAAAGCGGAGGACAAGCUGGAAAAGAUUUCCUUGUCAUUGAUAACAUGAUACCCGGCGCCGUGAACUUUCCAGCGCAAUCUCUCCAUGUCAGCUUGGAAUCAUUGACAGUUGCACUAUCUCACAUACCCUUCUUUAUCUUCCAUUGUAGCAAGUCUGUAGGACGAGGGCCCCGCGCAGCUCGUUGGUUUGUAGAAGCUCUUCGAAAACAAGAGCGUGAUGGAAGUUUUGGCCGCGAAAAGCGCGUCGCUAUAUUACAAGGCGGUAUCCUGCGGUGGGAGGAGGUUUAUGGAAGCGGUAGCCUUAAGGCCAGAGGACAAGCAAAUGGCUUGAAAUCGAUUCAGUUGUAGUCCUUUUGUUUUCAUGACACCUUUUUCGUAGACAGUUCCUUCGACGUAUGCCUCCAAAAAAUAGUGAAAUGUUUAUAGAAUGGACAUACUAUGGAAGAUCCCCUAUUCAUAAUGACAGAUCGUAAAUGGCCUUGCUGAAUUGAUUAAACCUUAGAUGAAACCAUAACAAUCCAAUGCCCUCGCGGCUCAGCGUAAUUACAAAUUCGAAUUGCGAGAGCA